GCUCUAUGUAAUAAAUUGUGUAUCUGAUGUUGAGGUGGAAUUGUUAAACAUGACAUUCUGCCCUCGUCAAUGACAUAGGUGAAAACUAUGAAAUUUAUCAAGCCUUCUUGGCUUUCUCACAGCGGAGAGCAGAAAGACCACGAAGUCUACAGUCUCCAUGUAUCGCCCGAUGGUAAACGACUGGCGACAGCUGCUGGAGAUGGCCACGUUAGAAUUUGGUCAACAGAGGCGAUUCUCGGGGCAGCAGGGGAAAACCCACCUGCAAUACCAAGGCAGUUAUGCCAUAUGAGUUAUCAUUCAGGCACUAUACAUACUGUUCGGUUCUCGCCAAAUGGACGAUGGCUGGCUUCUGGAGCAGACGACAAAAUUAUUUGUAUUUAUCAACUGGAUACACAGCCAGCAGCACAUUCUGCAUCCUUCGGAACCAAUGAGCCACCACCGGUAGAGAAUUGGAAAAUUGUUAAGCGUCUGAUUGGACAUGAUAGCGAUGUACAGGAUCUUGGAUGGGCUUAUGAUUCUUCGAUAAUGGUAUCCGUAGGGCUGGACUCGAAGAUUGUUGUUUGGUCAGGGCAUACAUUUGAAAAACUCAAAACUCUAUCGGUCCAUCAGAGUCACGUCAAAGGAAUUACAUUCGAUCCAGCAAACAAAUUUUUUGCGACUGCUAGUGAUGAUCGAACGAUCAAGCUCUUUCGAUUUACCUCACCGCCACCUAAUGCUACUGCUUAUGAAUGCAUGAACAACUUUACUUUUGAACACUCAAUAGCCGCACCAUUUAAUUCGUCACCUCUCACGACAUAUUUCCGACGAUGUUCUUGGUCUCCAGAUGGUAACCACAUAGCCGCAGCAAAUGCAGUCAAUGGGCCUGUGAGCUCUGUUGCAAUUGUGAAUCGGGGAGCCUGGGAUAGUGAUAUCAAUCUAAUUGGCCAUGAAGGUCCAGUGGAGGUUUGCACAUUUUCGCCGCGUUUGUUUAGCAAGAACGAGUUCACCUCUGAAACUACGGAUCAAAAUGGUUACAGUACACAGCCUCUGGUUACGGUAAUCGCCUGUGCUGGACAGGAUAAAAGUUUGAGUAUUUGGAAUACCAGCAGCUCUCGGCCAUUACUCAUUUGCCAACAGUUGGCCAGAAAGUCAAUUUCUGAUCUUGCUUGGUCACCAGAUGGACUGUCUCUCUUCGUCGCGAGUUUAGAUGGAACAAUAAUCGCUGCACACUUCUUGAAGGGCGAGCUAGGUCAUAUUGCACCAUUGAUGGAAAAUGAGAAAGCUUUGAAUAAAUUUGGUGGCAAUCGCAAAGGUGCCGGUGUUGUUGAAGACGUGUCGUCAAUCCAAUUGGAAGAGAUAAGCAGGGCCGAUGAACGUCAAAAAACAGAAGGAAAGAUGAGCGCCCUGAUGGGAGGCUCCGGUCCAGUAGUCGUCAAUAAUGGAAAUUCGUCGUCAACCCCAAUGACCGGGGUAAUCAAUGCAGCCCCAACUUCGAAUGGCAAGGCUUCACAACAACCAGAGACCCAACAGCCAGCUCCAGCUGAUCCCAAUGCAGAAAGAUUGGACGCUUUAAAACAACGAGUUACAAUUACGAAAGAGGGGAAAAAGCGUGUAGCGCCCUUACUUGUCUCUGCGUCAAGUACAGGAUUGUCAUCUUUACCCCAAUCUCAGCUCAUGGCGUCGAGUUCCAACAAUGUUCAGAAUGAAGCACCGGUAUCAAUAUUAGAUUUAUCCAAACCUUACGAUGGACUCCCAAGAGGUGGUCUUACGGCCAUGCUGUUAGGCAAUAAGAGGAAAGCCAUUGUUAUGGAAGGUGAUGAAGAAGAAGAUGAUGAUGAAUAUCCUAACAAGCGAUCAGCACCAGCUUCUGGACCCGUUCCAAUAGUAAUCAAUGGGGUUAGUGGAUUGGAAAACGCUUUACCGAUACCACCGGUCAAUGGCGUUGUUCCAACCCCAGAAUUCAUUCGGCCAGCUGUUGUCAACCCAUCUCUGUCGGUUAGUCAGGUACGCUUAGCAGUGCCAAAAAUAAGAAGCCACGUUGUCAGAUCCCUCAAUCGCGGCAACCUUGCAUCAGCAAAUAGUAACGGUGCUGGAGGAUCUGAUGAAGGUGCAAAAGUAUCCGAGGAUGUGAUAUUGGAGGCCCGGAAUCCCAUUGUGAUAGCCCCUGUUCAGGUCAAAGACCCUUGCCGAAUCAGCACCAUCAAACGAGGUAUCACAUUGUGGCAAGACUUUCUUCCUAGGGCUGUCAUCUUAGUUACAGGUAACAAGAACUUUUGGGCGGCCGCUUGUGAAGAUGGAAGUAUUUACACAUGGACCCCUGCGGGUCGCAGGAUAUUCAACGCUCUCGUGACUGAAUCUCAACCAGUUAUUAUUGAAUGCCGAGGCUGGUGGUUACUCUGCAUUACAGCUGUUGGAAUGUGCCAUGUUUGGAACCUCAAAACUCUCGCCUCACCACAUCCACCUGUCUCCAUGGCACCAAUUUUAGAAAUUGCCAUGCACUCAUUGGGCACACAUACAACAUUUGCUCCAGGUGUAACAUCAGCCCAUCUUAACUCGACUGGUCAUAUCAUUGUUACACUGAGCAACGGUGACGGUUACAUGUAUUCUCCUAAGAUGUUUAUUUGGCAGCGAUUGUCUGAAGCAUGGUGGGCUGUGGGCAGUCAGUACUGGAACUCUAAUGACUCCUCAAUCAGCCAUUUGCAAUCUACAGGGGUUGGUCCCGAAAGUCGAAAAGACGGCGAGAUUGAUAGCUCAAACUUAUCAGCAGGGAUCAUUCCUCACCUGGAAAGACAUACUACCGGUGAAGUGCUACUCAAAGGUAGAGCCUACCACCUACAACGACUCAUCAAAACCUUACUCUCCAAAGAUGGUUUUGAAGGCUUUGAAUCAGGUGUCAGCAUUGCUCAUCUCGAAAAUCGCGUUGCUGCUGCCUUGCAGCUUCAGGCCAAGGAUGACUUCCGCCUCUAUCUAUUCAUGUACGCGAAACGUCUUGGGGCAGAGGGGCUCAAGAACAAGAUCGAGGAGCUUUUACGCAGCAUCAUUGGUGGAAUUUUACAAGAAAAAAGCGAUCUUUCCACAGCUGAAAAGGGGGAAGGAUGGAUGAGUGAAGAUGAUCAAUUGUGUGGAUGGGACCGGAAAGAGCUCCUGAAAGGGGUUGUACUAAUAUUGGGCAAAUAUCGAGAUUCGCAGAGACUGACGGUACAAUAUGCGAGGGUGCUCGAUAUGGUCGACCACGAAACUAUCUGAGCAACAUUUUUUCAUGGAUGGAUGGCUUCAUUGCAGCGGCGUUGUGGAUGGAUGAUUGGGCUUUAUAUGAGGGGAUAUCUGGAAUCGGUGUCCUUGGUCUUGGCUUGGCAAUUUCGCCUGUGUGCGAAUAUCAUGUAAUCAUUGAUAAUACCCUGUAUGUGAUUAUGAAAAGCGAUUUGAAAAUAUUCUUGUUCGGGUGUUUUAUAGUGUGAAUAAUAUGAUAUUAAUCUCGGAUAUGACA